CUUCUACAACAUCGACGUGUCAUACAAAGGGAAAACUAAACGCAAAACUCUUGAAAAUUCGUAUGUGUUUUUUCGCAAAUAUCGCAACAAAAUUGAACUGCAAGCCGGAGCAAAGGAGUUAACGCCACUCGUACACACACUGACCCGAACUCAAGAUGGUAUUAGCGGAUUUGGGGCGUAAGAUAACCACGGCGCUGCAUUCGCUCAGCAAAGCCACAGUCAUCAAUGAAGAGGCGCUUAAUGCUAUGCUGAAGGAGAUUUGCGCAGCGUUGCUGGAGGCCGAUGUAAACAUACGGCUGGUGAAGCAGCUGCGCGAGAAUGUGCGGGCCGUCAUCGAUUUCGAUGAAAUGGCUGGCGGUCUGAACAAACGUCGCAUGAUACAGUCUGCAGUAUUCAAGGAGCUGAUUAAGCUUGUAGAUCCUGGUGUGAAGCCUUACCAACCGGUCAAAGGCAAAGCCAACGUUAUUAUGUUUGUAGGCCUCCAGGGCUCAGGAAAGACCACGACUUGCACCAAGCUAGCCUAUCACUACCAAAAGCGCAAUUGGAAAUCGUGCCUUGUGUGCGCGGAUACCUUCCGUGCCGGUGCUUACGAUCAGAUCAAGCAGAAUGCGACCAAGGCCCGUAUACCCUUUUAUGGAAGUUACACAGAAAUAGAUCCGGUGGUCAUUGCCCAAGAAGGUGUCGAUAUGUUCAAGCGCGAAGGUUUCGAGAUGAUCAUAGUAGAUACGUCAGGACGACACAAGCAGGAGGAGUCGCUGUUCGAGGAAAUGUUGGCGGUGGCUAAUGCUGUAAGCCCCGAUAAUAUUAUCUUCGUGAUGGACGCCUCAAUCGGACAGGCUUGCGAGGCACAGGCCAAGGGUUUCAAAGACAAAGUAGACAUUGGUUCGGUCAUCAUAACAAAACUUGAUGGUCAUGCUAAAGGUGGAGGUGCACUGUCAGCGGUGGCAGCUACACAAUCGCCCAUUAUCUUCAUCGGCACAGGCGAACAUAUCGACGACUUGGAGCCCUUCAAAACGAAACCCUUUGUCAGCAAGUUGCUCGGCAUGGGUGACAUUGAGGGUCUGAUAGAUAAGGUGAAUGAGCUGAAGCUGGACGGAAAUGAAGAACUGCUGGAGAAGAUCAAGCACGGCCAUUUCACAAUACGCGACAUGUACGAACAGUUCCAGAAUAUCAUGAAGAUGGGCCCCUUCUCGCAGAUAAUGAACAUGAUACCAGGUUUCUCGCAAGAUUUUAUGACAAAGGGCGGCGAACAGGAGUCCAUGGCACGCAUCAAGCGCAUGAUGACCAUGAUGGACAGUAUGUCGGACAGUGAGUUGGAUAAUCGUGACGGAGCAAAGCUUUUUAGCAAGCAGCCGACGCGUUGUGUGCGUGUGGCCCAAGGAGCGGGCGUCAUUGAGCGAGAGGUGAAGGAAUUGAUAGCUCAUUACACGAAAUUUGCGGCCGUUGUCAAGAAAAUGGGUGGCGUCAAAGGACUGUUCAAGCAGGGCGAUAUGACGAAAAACGUGAACCCCACACAAAUGGCAAAGCUCAACCAACAGAUGGCCAAAAUGAUGGAUCCGCGCAUGCUGCAACAAAUGGGCGGCGUCGGUGGAUUGCAAAACAUGAUGCGUCAGUUGCAACAAGGAGCGGCGGGAGGUCUGGGCGGACUGGGGAAUCUGAUGGGUGGCUUUGGCGGCAAGUGAGGCGCAUUGCCGGACGGUCUCGAUAUAAUUUUUGUAUGAAUUUUGUUUAGUUCGGUUCCCUGUAGCUAUAAUUUGUUAAAGGUUUGGCAAACGCGACAGUUUUCCUUGUUUCCACGACCAUUUCCGUUUUCUUUUUUACACUGAAUCAACACCAUUGUGGAAGCUCUGUAGACUUGCAACUGCUUGAGACAAUGCAACGGUAAAACGAAAACGAAAUCAACAUUAACGUAUAACAGUUAACAAUUACAUCAAUACAAUUAGCGAUUCCAUUUUAUCAUAAAGUGCACAGUUUGACAGUUACUGCGCGACGCGCGUAGUUAGGACCAGUUAAGUUUUAAAACGCAGACACACACAGAAUCGUGCACCAACAACAAUUAUAACACACAUACAGUGUAUGCUUGCAUGCGUUUCUUGAGGCGGUAACAACAUAGAUACGAAAUAAAUCAGAGCGUGAAAUAAGCGCGCGUUGGCAAUAUGAAA